AUGCCUUCACCUGAGCAGGCAGAUAACUUGCGUCUCCUACUGGAUGCAACUCAUGGCCUACCAACCUACCGACUAGAGGCUAUCCUGCAUGAUAUCAUCAAGCAGAGUCCGGAAGGCCGCAAAAUAGCCUCCGAAUGGCUACUAGAAGAUAAGGUUGAAGCAAAGUACAACCCAAUUGUCCCCAGCUCUACUGCUCCUGGCGCUUCUGCCCUACCCUCCAAGCAUGAGUCCAUCUCCGAAGCUAUGGCCAAGGACCCGAUGCCCCCCCAGAUCGAAAACUGCAUCUACUGCAUGGCGGAUUUUGAUGUCGCCCAAAACUCGGAGACAAGCUGCAAAUAUCAUGUUGAGGAAGAUGUUGUUGACGAAGAGUUUUUCAAGGAUGAAAUUGCUGGUGGACUUGAUGUCGACAAUAAGGAGUAUCGCAUAGUUUGGCCGGAUAAGUUUUACUAUCCUUGCUGUGGAAGGGACUUGAUGGAUGAGCAGUGUCAGAUUGGUUGGCAUAAGGCUGCGGACCCGGGUGACCGUCCUCGCAAGCGAUUUACUCGAAAGACAUGGUCUGAAGUUGAUGGAGCUUUCAUCUGA